GCCGUGUCCUCCGCGGGGGCGGGGCAUGUCUGAGCGCGCGUGCGCGACGUCCCCGCGGGGCGGGGUGUGUCCGGGCGCGUGCGCGGUGUCGCGGGGCGGGGCGCGCGUGCCGGGUGUUCGCGGUGCCAAGAUGCAGGACCCUGAUGCGGACACGGAGUGGAAUGACAUCCUGCGCAGGAAGGGCAUCCUGCCCCCCAGGGACGGCCAGGGGCGGCCGGAAGAGGAGGAGGAGGAGCCAGCCCAGCAGCCGGUCGUAAAAACAUAUGAAGAUAUGACUUUGGAAGAACUCGAAGACAAUGAAGAUGAAUUUAAUGAAGAGGAUGAACGUGCUAUUGAAAUGUAUAGGCAGCAAAGACUGGCUGAGUGGAAAGCAACUAAAUUGAAGAAUAAGUUUGGAGAAGUUCUGGAGAUCUCGGGAAAGGAUUAUGUCCAAGAAGUUACUGAAGCCGGUGAGGGCUUGUGGGUAAUCCUGCACCUUUACAAACAAGGGAUUCCGCUCUGUGCCCUGAUCAAUCAGCACUUCAGUGGACUUGCACGAAAGUUUCCUCACGUCAAGUUCGUCAAAGCCAUCUCGACCACCUGCAUCGCGAACUACCCGGACAGGAAUCUCCCCACAGUGUUCGUCUACCUGGACGGGCACAUCAAGGCCCAGUUUAUUGGCCCUUUGGUGUUUGGUGGCAUGAGCUUGACCAGAGACGAGCUGGAGUGGAAGUUGUCUGAGUCUGGAGCGAUCAAGACCGACCUGGAGGAGAACCCCAAGAAGCCCCUGGAGGACGCUCUGCUGUCGUCCGUGCGGGGCUCGCUGCCCCGGAGGACGGGGAGUGACUCAGAGGACGACUGAGGCUGCGGAGGGGAGGCCGGCAGCGGAGGCGCAGGUUCUGGGGUUCUGUUUACCUUUUAUAAUCAUGCUUCAGAGUUCAUCACGCUCAGAAUUAAUUGUUGCUGGGGUUUCUAUUUCAGUUUUUGAAACUUAAAAUUAUUAGCAUAUCUUAUUUAAUAAAAAGAUAAAACCCAA